AUGUUUUUCUCCUCUUCUUUUUAAGAAUUUAUGGAAAAAGAAAAGUCUAUCUAUUCCACUUUGUAAAAACAUCUUGAUAUAAUAUUAGUAUACUUAUAUAUUUAAAUAGGCGAAUUAAUUAGAUUUCACUUAUCAUUCUGUGUUUCAACUAUUUAGCCAUAUAUCUAUAUUACACAAUACUUAAGCAAAUCUCUUUUAGGCUCUAAUGAAAAUGGUAGGUAGUUUAGUGGAAUAAAAUAAAUAGUAAAAUAUAAAUGAUUUACUUCUUCUUGAUAAUUAACCAAAAUCAACCAAAUUUUUAUAACCAAAUUUUUUUGAAAUUUUUGAAGACAAAUAAAUUCAAACAUCAAAAAUAUAAAAACUAUUGAAUGCAACAGAAGAUAAUAAAAAAAUUUCAAUAUAAACUGAAAUUGAACUUCCAAAAGAAAAAGUGUAUAGAGAAUCUGUUAAGAACAGAAAAGAACGAUAAUAAAUGGAUGCUCAUGAAUGUGAAGAAUGUGAACGAUUUUAUAAAGCAUUACCAAAUACGAAUUAAGCAGAAAAAUUAAAACAGGAUUUUUCAAGGCAUAGAAUUAAUCAUAAAUUAAAUCAAGAAAAAUUACUAUUAACUCCAGAAUGA